UUUAAAGAGGCAAGAUCUAUCAUUAGCAAAGUACAAUUACUAAAUCACACUAAACUCCCAGAAGACCCAACAAAGAUUCCCGUAAAUAUUCAAGAGAUUAUCCUAUUCUCUUUACCUAUUGCUGACAACAGUAGAACUACAAAG